CUCUUCAACCCCAAUUCAAAUCGCUCUCAGGCUCACUGAACUUCUUCUUCAAGCUUUCCGAAAAUCUCAAUCAAUGGCUUCUUCCAUAGCUCUUCGAAGGCUUGCCGCUUCCUCCGCCGCUAAGCUUUUCAAUCCUGUUCGCUCCGCCUCUGUUCUCCCCUCCUCUCUCGGUCGUUCAUUCAACACCAAUGCUCAUAUGACCAACUACGCUGACGACGACUGCUCCGUUGAUGUGGACCGCCGCUCCGACCGCUCUCUCUCUCGUUCUCGUGAUCGCUUCCCUGGUUUCGCAGGUAAUGUGUUCGAUCCGUUUUCUCCGACUAGGAGCCUAAGUCAGGUGCUGAAUCUGAUGGAUCAAUUCAUGGAGGAUCCAUUUCUGGCAGCUUCACGAGGAGUAGGAGCAGGAUCAAGGAGGGGCUGGGACGUGAGGGAGGAUGAAAAUGGUCUGUACCUACGAAUGGACAUGCCUGGACUGAGCAAAGAUGAUGUGAAGGUGAGUGUGGAGCAGAACACACUGAUCAUCAAAGGCGAGGCAGGGAAAGAAUCCGAAGACGAGGAGGAUCGUAGACGAUUCUCGAGCCGACUUGAUUUGCCUGCAAAUCUGUACGAACUGAAUUCGAUCAAAGCAGAGAUGAAAAAUGGAGUUCUGAAAGUGGCUGUGCCAAAGGUGAAGGAAGAAGAAAGGAAGGAUGUGAGGCAUGUUACUGUUGAGUAGUUGGGUCUCUCAAAUCUGAAAAAUGGUGAAUAGCUUUCCCUUUGUUCUUAUUCUUACACUUUUAGAAUGUAGAGCCUUCUUCUUUCUCUUUGCUUACUUUCAUGGAUGUGAUUGUUCUGCUUUGGCUUCUAGCGUUUCUGGUUCUUGAUAAGUUGAAUUAGAUGUGUAAGGAAUUUCAAAGCUGUUUUGAUAAUUUCAUGGAAGUUGGUUGGAGGUUUGAGAAAGUAUUUUGUGAUGAGAAACUUAAGGAGUUCCGCUAUUACUUCUAGUGGUUCACUCAUAAUGUGAUGUAUUAGCUGAUGAUUAGAUCUUAUUAGAGAAAAAAA